AUGUCGGGCACCAUGGAGAACUACCAGAAGAUUGAGAAGAUCGGCGAAGGCACGUACGGUGUUGUGUACAAGGCUCGUGAACUCAGCCACCCCAACCGUAUCGUUGCUCUGAAGAAGAUUCGUCUCGAAGCCGAAGAUGAGGGCGUCCCCAGCACCGCAAUCCGAGAGAUUUCUCUCCUCAAGGAAAUGAAGGACCCCAAUAUUGUCCAGCUGUUCAACAUUGUCCAUGCCGAUGGCCACAAGCUCUAUCUCGUCUUCGAAUUCCUUGACUGUGAUCUCAAAAAAUACAUGGAAGCUCUGCCUGUCAGCGAGGGAGGACGGGGGAAGCCCUUGCCCGAAGGGUUUAAGGCAGGAACUGUAAUUGGACUGGGUGAGGCAAUGGUCAAGAAGUUCAUGGCUCAGCUUGUCGAGGGCAUCCGAUACUGCCACAGCCACCGAGUUCUCCACCGUGACUUGAAGCCCCAGAAUUUGCUCAUUGAUCGUGAGGGAAAUCUCAAGUUGGCCGAUUUUGGUUUGGCCAGAGCGUUCGGUGUGCCUCUUCGCACUUACACUCACGAGGUCGUUACACUGUGGUACCGUUCUCCAGAGAUUCUUCUUGGAGGACGUCAGUACUCUACGGGUGUUGACAUGUGGUCAGUGGGCGCCAUUUUUGCCGAAAUGUGCACCCGCAAACCCUUAUUCCCCGGUGACUCUGAAAUUGACGAGAUCUUCAAGAUCUUCCGCGUCCUCGGUACCCCUGAUGAAGACGUCUGGCCCGGCGUUACCUCCUUCCCCGAUUACAAGUCUACUUUCCCCCGGUGGAAGCGUCCUGAUACCGAAAUUGUCCCUGGAUUGGAAGAGGCUGGAUGCCAGCUACUGGAAUCUCUGCUCGAAUUUGACCCUGCCCAUCGACUCUCGGCCAAACAGGCCUGCCAACACCCAUACUUCCGCAACGGCACCGCAUUCUACUCAGGACGUGGCCCCAGCAACGGGACCUACUAG